AAAGAUAACCAGUGCAGAGAGUAAAAGAAGGUUCUAAAUGUUUUUAUUUAUUAGUCUGCACAGAAACAACACAAAAAUCUUAACUUUACUGUUUUCUUAGUUACCUAGUAGCACGUUGUGGUCAGGUUAAUGUUUUUGGUUUUUUGUUAAGGGUCUUGCUUCGAUAGAACAAACUUUGAAACUUUUUUUUUUUUUGUCCAUUUGCUCAUUUAUCUUAUCUCAAGUUGUCCUCCUCAAGAAUGGCAGGAAAAAAUAGAUGCCUCCCUUCCAAAGGUCCUUUUAACUUCUACUUCACUUUGCAGAAAACCGUUGUUGUAAAAUAUAUACAGUAUUACGCAACAUUUUGUCCUAAAGUUUAGUGUUUUUCUUUCUUCUUUUUUUUUACAUUUGAUAGAUUUUAUCAGUACAUAUUUAAUUCUUAAAACUAACUAGUUGAUUAUGGUCACUGAAAUGUACUGAAACUAAGUGUUGUCCUGAAGCAAAUAAGAUAAAACUAAGUUUCUUUUGUUUUUAAUAAUCUGUUCUGAUAAAAUAGAGGAAUAUGUUAAAGCAUUUUUUUUAUUAUUAUUGAACAACUACACACUACAGAACAAAACAUGGCUUGAAACCAUAUAACCGAGUUUUUACAUGAUUAUAAUCUGAGGGGGCAAUUGCAGCAUUAAGCAACAAUAACAGAAUCAAUAAAAAAUAAAUAAAAUUAUAAUAUUAAUAAAAUAAAUCUGAGCAAAAGUGAGACAAACAAUACAAGAUCACUUAAUUAUAGAUAUGCAAGGGGAGUUUUUAGUCUAUUAUAUAUUGUUUUUAUUUUUGGUUUCUUAUGAGCUUCAAUAAUUUCCAAAUAUAACUUGAAUUCGUUUAUAAAUAUUCUAAGUUUUAGGGGAUUCUUCAUAUAUUUAUAUUUGUGUAUAUUAAAUUUAGUCAAACAGAGGAUUAUAUUUAUUAAGCAAUUAUUUUUGGAUUCUAGCAAUCUUGAAUGAAUGUCAACCGUUCUAGUGUCGUAAAAAAAACAGAAUGACGACUGUACUUUUGACUCCUCCCCCUUGACACACAUCUUUUUAGGAAGUUUCAGCGCGUGAACCAAACACUUCAAGCCAACCCCCCACCCUAUCAUACGUUAAUCUUUCAGCCAGGUCACUUAUUGACAGCUCCCGUCAGUGAAGGGGCUUUUCUUCCCUCGCUAACUCUGUUUAAAGGGUGUAUCCCUCCGCUUCUGGUUGUUUUUAGCCGCUUAGCUGUGGACCAUGGCUGCUCAGUGUGUCACCAAGGUGGAGCUCAGUGUGUCCUGCGAUCAUCUGAUGGACAAAGACAUCGGCUCCAAGUCUGACCCUCUGUGUGUCCUUCUGAUGAGCGGCGCAGACUCCCGGUGGUACGAGGUUGGACGCUCCGAACAAGUGCAGAACUGCCUCAGUCCAAGGUUUUCCAAAAAGUUUGUCAUCGAUUACUUCUUCGAAGUAGUUCAGAAACUGAAGUUUGGAAUUUAUGACAUUGACAACAAGACCAUUGACUUGAGUGAUGAUGACUUCCUGGGAGAACUGGAGUGCACGCUGGGCCAGGUCGUAUCUAGCAAGAAACUGACCCGACCGCUUGUCCUGAAGAACAAUAAACCAGCAGGCAAAGGAACCAUUACAGUUUGUGCAGAGGAAAUAAGCGACAACAGGGUGGUAAACUUUGAGGUAGAGGCGAGGAAGCUGGAUAACAAGGACUUGUUUGGGAAGUCUGACCCAUAUUUGGAGUUUUACAAGCAGACGGAGAGUACAUGGCAACUGGCACACAGGACAGAGGUAGUGAAGAACAACUUGAAUCCAACAUGGAAGCCCUUCAGGAUCCCCCUGCAGUCUCUGUGUGGAGGAGACAUGGAGAAACCUAUAAAAGUGGAGUGCUAUGACUACGAUAGUGAUGGAUCACAUGACUUAAUUGGAUCUUUUGAAACGACAAUGAAACGCCUCCAGGAGACAUCUCGGUCCUCUCCGGCGGAGUUUGAAUGCAUCAACAGUAAAAAGAAGCAGAAGAAGAAAGGCUACAAGAACUCUGGAAUUGUGAGCGUGAAGAUGUGCCAGGUGGUGAAGGAGUACACAUUCCUGGAUUACGUAAUGGGGGGCUGCCAAAUCAACUUUACUGUUGCCAUCGACUUCACAGGCUCUAACGGUGACCCCAGGUCUCCACAGUCUCUGCAUUACAUCAGUCCUCAGGGUGUUAACGAAUACCUGUCUGCUAUCUGGUCUGUGGGAAAUGUCAUCCAGGACUACGACAGUGAUAAGAUGUUUCCAGCGUUUGGCUUUGGAGCUCAGAUUCCCCCGUCCUGGCAGGUUUCCCACGAGUUCCCCCUGAAUUUCAACCCAUCUAAUCCAUUUUGUGCAGGCAUUGCAGGCGUGGUGGAGGCCUACAGGAUGUGCUUGCCUAAUAUCAAACUUUAUGGUCCCACCAACUUCUCACCGAUCAUCAACCAUGUAGCAGGUUUAGCGUAUCAGGCCAUGCAGCAGACAGCCACACUGCAAUACUUCGUCCUGCUGAUCAUCACUGACGGAGUCAUCACAGACAUGGACGACACACGCAGAGCCAUCGUCAACGCCUCCCGCCUCCCCAUGUCCAUCAUCAUCGUCGGAGUGGGAGGAGCUGAUUUCGGAGCCAUGGAGUUUCUGGAUGGAGACAAUGGCCAACUGCGUUCAGCUACAGGCGAGACGGCCAUGCGGGACAUCGUCCAGUUUGUGCCAUUCAGACAGUUCAAAAAUUCUCCUCCUGAGGCGCUGGCAAAGACUGUGCUGGCUGAAGUUCCCGCUCAGCUGGAGGGCUUCUUCAACACCAUGAAGCUGCAUCCUCCAAACUCCAGACCGGCACCGACCCCUGCAGGAACCGUGUGACACCAAGAAGAGGAAACAUCUCUUUUCUCACGUCAGCGUUUAAUCCUCGCUCAGCACAUCUCCUUCGUAAGCACUCCUCUCUGCUGAAUCUGUUUCAAAGCAGAUCCAAACUUGUUAUUGUCCUAAUGGCUAAUAUUUAGUGCUUGAAUUAAAAAAACAGCAUUCCUUUAUUGAAGACUUCCAUAGUAAAUGGUACAUAAAAAGUAUCAACUUUUAUUUUUUUUAAAUACUUUUUUUUCCAGAAAUGUUUCAGCUCUUGUAGCUUCAAAAACCAACAUUCUCAGCUGUAUGCAUCUAUAACAUACAACUAUGUAACUGAGAGCAUAUAUACAUUAAAGUAUGUAACUGUAUUUGGAGCCUCUAUAUAUAACAUGUGAGUUAGCAAGUAUAAACAUUCUUUGAUCUUCUAUGGUGAAUGUUAGCUUGAAAAUAUCCACUCUAGUUGGACGCUUUGGCUUUACUCGUCUAAUUUUGACAUUUCAUUUUUCUGCCUCUUUUCCAAACAAUAUUCAUGUUUUUCUGUCUAUUAAUGAUAAACAAAUGCUGGCUUCAUGUUGUUUAUACAAAUGAAAAAGUAGUUUGUUUUUGGUGCCUGGACUUUAUUUUUUACAACAUAUCAUUUCAUGUUUUUAAUGUUCUUACAUAAGAUGUAUUUAAGAUCUUAUUUUAGGUCUUUGUUGUGUUACAAAAAAAGAUUGCCAAACCCACUCAAGGAAUUACAACUGGAAAACUACUAUCAUGUUUUCAUUUCCACUUACUAUUGAGAAGUUUUUUUAUUAUUUGUAUUACAGCUAAAAACUGAGAAUUUACAGGUUACAGUGUUGAUUCUGCUCGCACUCUCAAAUUUUGAAUUUGAAAACUUGUCAUGUUUGAAUGUUGGCUGCAUUUUAGCCAGAGAAAUAAAAUGCUUCAUCUUCAGUGCAAAUGGAAUUGAGUGCCAGAUUGACUAAAUGUUUAAUUAUUAGUUAAUAUUGGAGCUUUAAUCAAAUACAACUUUCUGAAAGCAACAAUCUACUGUUUCCUCAUUUUUAGAAGUGUAGUGAAAAUAAAUCACUGCUGCCACCUA